UGUGAGAGAGAGAGAGAGAGAGAGAGAGAGAGAGAGAGGAGGGGGGGCAGAAUGAGCCAAACCAAGGACUGAACCGCCAUGCAGAACAGCAGGGAAAAAAAAUUUAGUAAAAAAAGGUAGAUGCUGAAAAUGAUCCUCUACUGCUCCAGAUAAAAAAGGAGCAAAGGAAGACUGGAGCACAGCAGAGAGAGAGGAGCCAGGAAGACAGGAGGAGGGAGGGCGAGAGCAAGAGAAAGAGACAUGCAGACAAACUGAUGAAAAAGAUGAGGACGGCUAACGUGAUGCCCGUGGCUACGCUGGCCAGCCUGAUGCUGCUACUUCUGCUGCUUUCUGUAGUGGCUGUGCUGGCAAUCUGCCCCCCAAUGUGCUCCUGUGGCAAGGGUCAUCGGGUGGUGGAUUGCUCCACCCACGGUCUCAGCCUCCUGCCCGACAGCCUGCAGCACAACAUCCAUUCCCUCAAUUUGUCCCACAACCGGCUGCAGAACUUAGAUGGCCUCCUCGGCCGCUUCGCCCAUCUAAGGACACUGGACAUCUCUCACAACCACCUCCGCCACCUGCCCGUCGGCCUGCCUCGGGCACUGUGGGACAUCAAUGCAUCAGCCAACCACAUACGUCAGCUGGAGAAGAAUGACACUGCUUACCACUGGAACCUGCAGUCCCUGGACUUAUCCAACAACCAGCUGGAGCGUGUGGUCUUCAUCAACAACACCCUGCCCAGUCUGAGAGCGCUCAACCUCAGCCACAACAAGUUCUGGACCGUGCCCACCAACAUGCCCCACAAACUUGAGGUGGUGGACCUCUCCCACAACUUCCUACUGCAGAUCCUACCUGGUUCGCUGGACCGCAUGUCCCAGCUCGCUCGCUUUUACCUGCACGCGAACCGCUUCACGUCACUGAGCGAGACUGUGUUCAACCGACUGGAAGCCCUGCAGCUCCUCACGCUCGGAGACAACCCAUGGGCAUGCGAGGAAGAGGAAAACAUCACCAACCUGCUGAACUGGGUGCAGCGGACCUCGGCCAAAGUGCUGGGCUGCCCGUGCUACAUCAGGUCCACGUGUGGGGAAGCUCACCUGGCCACCGGCAGAACCUGGCACUCGGCCUCUUAUACCGAGCCUCCCCUAGGCGCUGAUGCUCGUGAUGCCAGUCAUGAUGCCGGUCACCGGCCACCCAUGCAGGCGGUCACUGCUGGGUAUCUGUCAAAGUCGGCACUGCUCAAUUCGCCUCACGACCGCAGUUUGGGGAACGCCUCGGGGGCAGGAGAGAUCACCAAGCAUGGAGGAUUAUUGACAUCCACCCCCAACAGCCCCUUGACGAGCACAACCUGGAGCACCAAGAAGGCGGGAACUGGCAAAAUUCGCAGCACAAGUGUCCCAACACACACAUGCAGCCCUCACAGUGUCACGUUAAGCUUUUUGGGUGCAGCGGUCAUCCUUAGCGCCUUUUGACUUCAUCAUAAUCCUACAACAAGGACCACAAAUUAGCCAUUGGUCUGGAUUUAAGACAAAAAGAAGGCCACACUGAAACUUAACGAAUGUCAAAGGAGGGUCUUAACUCCUUAGUUUUAACCGUUUGAAUGUGACUAUGGGUAUUCUCUACGGUAUAUAUUCUCUGUAUGCUUCAAACAAAUUGACCAACUGACAAAAUGUAGUUGAGUACUGAAUGGUUAUUGUGCAUACUCGUAUAUACACAAGUAACAAACCACAAACAAUAGCUUCUUGGUGUGAAAAUUAUGUUAUGCUUGUCCAUUGACAGAAACUGUUAAUUUCAACUGUAUGCACUUGAAAAAUCUGUAUUAUUAGUAUCCUUUAAUUUUCAUAGAAAAUGAAAUUUAAGAUCACGUGACAGCAGUAACAGCGUUAACACCGGAGCAACAUUUAAACAGCAGAAUAAAAAAAGAGACCACAUGUCAGCUGUUAAGACCCUUGAAGUUAUGCUGAGCUCAACACAGUUAAUAGAAACAAGGGAGGCAGUCAAUGACCUUCAUUACAGACAACUGUGGCAUGUCUGUAGCGCUGUCGCCUGUGCUUGGCCAGGCAGUAAAACAACACAGUAAAUAAGACCCAGGUGCUUUCUAAUGAACCAUUCCUGGCUGGGCCCUCACUCACUCCAAAAGUCAUCAGGGCUGGACAGCCAUUCCCUCUUGGUGUUGUGACCGAAUGAAGCCUGACCCUCCUAUUUACUCCCAUGUGUCUGGCGGCAUCAUAAAAACGACAAGGGCAUUUAGCACCGGGCCAUGAUUCUGUAGGAGUGGAUCACUGUUCUAUGACCAGAUGCCAAUUUUCUUAGUGUUUUACUAUAAAAUAGUAGCAGGUACACUGCACAAUGAUAGCAAAAAGGGAAAAUUAAUAGCCAUCCUUGAGCUGAAGAAAAGGCUCUUUUAAACAAAUAGCACAGCAAGGUGUGCUGCUGGAGAUCAGGAGGAGAGAAAUGACAAGUGCAUCAUGUUUUGCUCUUAUGACCAAAUCAAUCCUUCACUUGUGACAGCAGAGAUGGGUAUAACCAUGCAGAGGGACCAGUGAGACCGCCAAGCUUGACAAUUUAACCAAAUCAUUAAUCUCAAGACUCAAGAAUCACAUCAAACAUGGCUAGUGUAUACAUUUCAGCAAACUAUCCAAUAAAGGACAUGCAGGAAGUGCAUUUUAAUCAAUAUUCCAGCACUAAACCUCACAAAGGAAACAUUUCUAAGCAUUCACAGUCAUCUAAAAUUAUUUAGCAAUGUAUAUUUAUCAAAUGCUUGGUUUUAGAGGUUUUUUAAAAGUUUAUUUCAAGAAUGCUUUUAGAAACUAUAUACCGACAAUGCACUGACAAGAGUAGACCGAAUAAUUGUAUUUUAUAUUGACACCAGAAAAAGAAUGAAAAUGUUUGAAUACAUCUUAGUUUACCUGGGAUUCCUAUACUGCUCAACACUCCAGUUAAGGGGCAGUGACAUUUCAGCACAUCCUCACAGUCAAUGAACAAUGAGUUUCAUUCAGUCCAAGCAAAUAUGGAUGUCAUACAGAGUCAGUUCAGCCUCAUCGCCAAACACAUUUAUUAUAUGAUUCAAUAGGCCACACCUACAGAAGUUGAUUCUGUGAUUAAGGAGUUGAACAACCAUAGGCCUACAGUCAACUAAGGCUACUCCACUAGCCAUCAGGAUAGGUUUUAAGUGACUAGUUAUGUUUGUGCAAGUGUAUU